AUGGUAUUUAUUAUUAAUUAUUAUUUAGUUAAUCCUGAUCUUACAAUACUUAGAAUAUGUUAGAAUCCUUUAUUUGAAGCAUCAGGAACACUUAUCCUAUAAGGAUAGUUCAUUAAUCAUUAAGGGAAAGAUUUAAAACCAUUGCUUAAAUCCAAAGGAAGUUGCUUUUUAGAAGACUUAAAGCAAAAGUGAAUUUGAAUAUCAAUUAAAACAUUACAAUGCACAAUUUAAUCAUUUUCUCAUAACUUUUUGA